GGGAAAAGAGUGGGGAGAGCGUGGACACAGAAGAAGGUCCUAGAAGUCUCGUAGAAGAGGAAGAGAUUUCAAGAAGAAGAGGAAGAGAAGGAGGAGAAGAAGGACAUUCACAUCUGUGACUGCCCCCUUCCUUUUCCUUUUUUUCUCUCUCUGUCUUCAUUUUAUUUGCUGCUGCUGCCAUUCCUUUUCUCUUUUCCUUCUUCUCUGCACUUCUACUUUUCACUCACUCACUCUCUCUCUCUCUCUCUCUCUCUCUCUCUCUUGCUCACCCACUCUCUUGCAUACUCACUCACACACACACACACACACUCUCUCUCUCUCUCUCUCAGACAGGCACAUGCACAGACAGCACCACCACCACAGGGAGACACACGCACUCACUCUGUAUUGUGCACUGCCUUUACGAACUUUUUUUCUUGUUUUCAGAACUGUCCUCUACUUUGGUAUUUCUUGAGAGUGUGUGGUGGAGUGUAUGAGUGAGUGUUUUUGGACUGUAUGCGUGCACGUUUACGUGUCUUGAGUGUGUGUCUGUCUGUGUGUGUGUGUGUUGGUGUUUCUAAAAGUCUUCUUCUCGCCCAAAUGAGUUUGGGGGAGACAGCAGGGUGCGGGAACGGGAGCCAGGCGUCUGGUUGGAAGACGCAGGAGAGUUACGGCUUCAGCAGCGGCAGCAGCAGCAGCAGCCUUGGGGCAGAGCUCUGAGAGCUUUCACGGCACUGCACGCGCGCGCGCACACACACACACACAUACGGACACACACACACACACACACACACACACACACACACACACACACACACACACACACACACACACACACACACACACACACACACACACACACACACACCUCUGCCAAUCAAAUACGCAGGACUGCUGCAGAGUGAUCCUCACACACACACACCACACACUUUCUCUCGGGCAAGAGAAGGAGGAGGACAAGACAGGGCACUUCAAGACCAGAGACAGAGAGAAGGAAGACAGCCGGAGGAGACUUUUUUUUCAAAGACAGCAAAAGUGUGGAUUUCUUUACUUGGGACAACUGGUCUGGAUCAUACCGACAAGAGAAUAAGGAGACAGACAGCAGGACUGGACGCCCUGUGGAGAGACUGAGGACUUGGCUUGGAAGUUACAGCUGACAGUGGAAAGGCAGACAGAGAGAGAAGAACUGUGGAGUUUUGCAGACAGCCUGGAUAACUCAGAGAGACAACAGGGAAAAAAACAACAGGAGAAAACAAAGGGAGAGUGUGAAAAAGAGUGAGAAAGUGACGGAUACAAGAGCGACAAACAAAAGUGUGGAGAUAAAGACCCUAGAGCUUUGGAGACUUCAUCUGGACUGUUGAUUGAUUGGCAUUGGUGUUCUUCUUCAGUCAUUUGGCAGAGAUCACUCUAAAAGAAAAACUAUAAGAGCUUCUCCAGUGAGGCUAAAGGGAACUUUAUAUCCGUUAGGACUGUUCUGAGGUCAGUCAUCAUGGCUGUGCUGCGAUUAUCCUGGAUGAUCUGGUGCAGUGUCCUACUGAUCUGGGUCUGCCUGGAUCACCGGUCAAGCGCCUCACCGCAGUCAUCAUCACCAUCAUCAUCACCAAAGCAGCAGAAGCAGCCGAGACAACAGCAGCAGCAGAGGCAGCGGCAACAGAGGCAGGUGGGCAACCACCUCCAGACAGGUGGUGGCAUCGGAGGUGGCAUUACCAAGGUGGGCACCCACAACAACGGGCGUUACCAGAACCUGUCGGAGUCGGCCGAGAGCAAGGUGGAGCGCCUGGGCCAGACCUUCAAGCAGAGUGUGCGGGAGCUAAGGGAGCGCAGCCUGAACGCCAGCAUGGACCUGGUCUUCCUGGUGGACGAGUCGUCCAGCGUGGGCGCCGCCAACUUCCGUCUGGAGCUGCGCUUCGUGCGCAAGCUGCUCUCCGACUUCCCGGUGGCGCCCGAGGAGACGCGCGUGGCGCUGGUCACCUUCUCCUCCAAGAGCCACGUGGUGACGCGCGUGGACCACAUCUCGGCGCCGCGCGCCCACCAGCACAAGUGCUCGCUCUUCAACCAGGAGAUCCCCGCCAUCACCUACCGCGGGGGAGGGACCUACACCAAGGGCGCCUUCCAGAGAGCAGCGCAAAUCCUGCAGAACUCGCGCCGCAACGCCUCCAAGGUCAUCUUCCUAAUCACGGACGGCUACUCCAAUGGUGGUGACCCGAGGCCCGUGGCGGCGGCACUGCGUUCGGGCGGCGUGGAGAUCUUCACGCUGGGCAUCUGGCAGGGCAACAUCCGCGAGCUGCACGACAUGGCCUCGCACCCCAAGGAUCAGCACUGCUACCUCGUCCACAACUUCGCAGAGUUCGAUGCUCUGGCACGUCGCGCUCUACACGAAGACUUGCCCACAGGAGGCUACAUCCAGGAGGACCUGUCCCACUGCUCCUCCCUGUGCGAGGCCGGCCAGGACUGCUGCGACCUGAUGGCCAGCUGCAGGUGCGGCACUCACACGGGCCAGUACGACUGCGUCUGCGAGAAGGGACACUACGGCAAGGGCCUGCAGCACGAGUGCACAGCAUGUCCGUCUGGUACCUACAAGCCAGAGGCGACUCCAGGAGGCCUGACGAGCUGCCUGGCCUGCCCAGACAAACACCACACGUCCCAGCCAGCCAGCACCGCCCUCAGCGACUGCGUGUGCCAGGAAGGAUACAAGGCAUCUGGCAAGACCUGUGAAGUGGUCCACUGUCCGGAGCUGUCUCCUCCAGAGAACGGCUUCUUCAUCCAGGGCCAGUGCAACAACCAGUUCAACGCGGCGUGUGGCGUGCGCUGCAAGGCUGGCUACGAGCUGCAGGGCAGCAGCAUCCGCCUGUGCCAGCCCGACGGCACCUGGUCUGGAGUCGACGGCAGCUGCAAGGUGCGCUCGUGCCCCAAGCUCUCGGCGCCCCCCCACGGCCAGGUGAACUGCAGCGAGGGCGGCAUCCCCCACCGGCUGAAGUGCGAGGUGCGCUGUGCCAAGGGCUACCGGCUGGCCGGCGGCAGCGCCAAGCUCACCUGCCAGAGCAACUACCAGUGGAACGGACCCCUGCCUCGGUGUGUGGAGGUCCGCUGCCCUCCAAUCGUGCCGGCCAAGCACGUCUCUCUGUCGCCCCCUGCCUGUGGCGUGAGGGAGCUGCGUAGCGGGGCCUCCUGCAAGCUGAGCUGUCGUCUGGGUUACCGUCUGCGCGGGGAGCCGGUGGUGCGCUGCCUAGCCACCGGCGAGUGGAGCCAGCACCUGCACAAAGCAGCAUGUGUAGAUUCCGAGCCGCCGUGGAUCCAGUGUCCCGACGAUGUCGUCACGGAAACGCGAAAGCACCAGAGCUUGGCCAAUGUCACCUGGAGCCAGCCAAUCGCAGGAGACAGCUCUGGAGAGGAGGUCGCGGUGCAGGUGACGCCCGUCCUAAACGCGCACCAGCUCUUUCCCAUCGGAACAGCAGUGAUCACCUACACAGCCGGCGACCGCUCCGGGAACAGGGCCAACUGCUCCUUCACGGUCACCGUCAUUGAUACCGAGCCACCAAUUAUCGACAAAUGCCGCUCUCCACCCGUAGUGGACGCCACGGGUCCAGAGACUGCCGUCGUCUGGGAAGUUCCGCAGUUUUCCGACAACUCAGGGAGGCCUCUAAACAUCUCCAGCACCCACUUGCCCGGCGCCCUCUUCCCUGACGGGGAAACCUCCGUGCUCUACACCGCCACGGAUGCCUCUGGAAACAACCACACCUGCGAACUCACCAUCACCGUCCAAGGGAAGAAGUGUGUGCAGCCGUACAUGCCGGUGAACGCAGACUUCACCUGCGUGGAGAAGGACGAAGGGGUGAACUGCACGCUGCGCUGCCGGGACGGCUACAGCUUUACCCAGAAUGCAGUGCACAGCUACUUCUGCGCCCACAACGGGGUCUGGCUGCCGCCCCGCAGCCCCGACCGGCCAGACUGCUCCUUGAACAGAGUGGCCAACAAUGGCCUGAAGCCGUUUGAGAUGCUCUUCAAGACCUCCAGGUGUGACGACCAGGACAUGCUCAAGAACUUUAGGGGAGAGUUCAACACGGCCCUGAAAGACAUGGUACCUGCGCUAUGUGGUGACGAUGUGGCCUGUAAGCUGGAGGUGAUAUCCCAGGGCCAGUGUCUGGAGUAUGACUACUAUGAGAACGGAUUUGCAAUAGGUCCUGGAGGCUGGGGCAAUAACUGGGGCUCUCAGAAUGGGCAGGACUAUGCAUACUUUGACGCCGGCUUCGCCACAGACAGCCAGGGUCCACCCAUGCAGGGGGACCAGGCCUUCCCCCCGGGCACCAGACACCCAGUCAGGGCCAAGGCGUUCCCCCCAGGUAGGUACCCAGCCAGGGCCAAGAGGCAGCGUAAGAUUGCUGCGCCAACGCGAGACCAGAAGAUUCAGAUCAACUUCAACAUCACAGCAAGCAUCCCGCUGCCAGUGCGGCGCAACGACUCGGUGGAGGUGGUGAACCAGCGGCGCCUGCUGAAGGCCCUGGAGCAGCUGACCAAUCGGCUGAAGCGCACGCUGGCCAAGCAGCCCUUCACCUCCUUCAGCGUCUCGUCCGAGAUGAUCGUGGCCGACCCCAAGUCCCUGGAGAGCAGGCGGGCCGCCCUCUACUGCCGCCCGGGCUCCGUGCUCAAGGGGCGCAUGUGUGUCCAGUGUCCUCUGGGCACGUACUUCUCUCUGGAGUACGGGGAGUGUGAGAGCUGCUGGAUCGGGUCGUACCAGGACGAGGAGGGGCAGAUGGAGUGCAAGCCCUGCCCAGACGGAUUCUCCACCGCAUACCUGCACUCACGUACCCAGGCCGAGUGCAAAGAACAGUGUAAGCCCGGCACCUCCUCCAUGACGGGGCUGGAGACGUGCGAGUCGUGCCCGUUGGGUCAGUACCAGCCCGAGUUCGGAACCCGACGCUGCCUCAAGUGCCCAGAGGACACAUCCACCGUCAUCAGGGGCGCGCAGGACGAGCACGAGUGUGGAGUUCCGUGCUCGGCAGGCCACUUCUCGCGUACUGGGCUGGUGCCGUGCUACCCGUGCCCCCAUGACUACUACCAGCCAGAGGAGGGCCGCUCCUACUGCCUCUCCUGCCCCUUCUACGGCACCACCACCGUCAACGGGGCCACCGCCAUCCAGCAGUGCUCCACUUUUGGCUCCAGUUUCUUGCCAAAAGAAGAGAGCGUGACGUCGGCCCCUGAGGUGGACGCUAAGCCACACCCCCAAGCCAGUAGUCAGGUGUUCCACGAGUGUUUCCUGAACCCGUGUCAAAACAAAGGCAUAUGCGAGGAGGUAGGGGUGGGCUACGUUUGCACCUGCCAACCAGGAUUCACAGGAGCGAAGUGCGAGAGUGACAUUGAUGAAUGCGAGUCCGACCCGUGCCAGAACGGUGGGCUGUGCCGCGACGGCACGGGAGACUUCCACUGCGAGUGCCAGCCCGGCUUCGUAGGCUCCUUGUGUGAGGCGGAGGUCAAUGAGUGCAGCUCCUCACCCUGCGUGAACGGGGGCACCUGCGUGGACAAGGUCAACUACUUCGCCUGCACCUGCCUGGACGGCUACACAGGCGCCCGCUGCGAGCUGGAGAUUAAUGAGUGUGCGUCCAGCCCAUGUCAGAACGGCGGGGCGUGUGAGGACUUAGUGGGCGAGUACGCCUGUGCCUGCAUCAGGGGCUUCACCGGGGACAACUGCGAGGUCAACGUCAACGAGUGUGACAGCGCCCCAUGUCUCAACGGGGGAGCGUGUGUCGAUGGAGUCAAUACAUACAAGUGUGAGUGUGCCGUUGGGUACUCGGGUCAGCUGUGCGAGGUGGAUGAGGACGAGUGCGAACCCAGCCCCUGCCAGAAUGGAGCCACCUGCGUGGACGGACCUGGAGCCUUCACCUGCAGAUGCCCUCCUGGGUUCAACGGAACCAGGUGUGAGACAGAGAUGUCCCCCUCAUUCAACCUGGACUUUGAGGUGUCGGGCAUCCACGGGUUCGUCAUGAUCGAUGGGCUGAUGCCGUCCAUGCGCGCCAUCACCUGCACCUUCUGGAUGAGGUCGUCGGACACCAUUAACUACGGAACACCUGUCUCGUACGCUGUGGAGGGCAGCGACAACGCCUUCCUGCUCAUUGACUAUAAUGGAUGGGUGCUGUAUGUGAACGGGAAGGAGCGCAUCACAGAUUGCCCAGCAGUGAAUGAUGGCUUGUGGCACCACAUCGGCGUGUCGUGGCGUAGCGACGAUGGAGACUGGAGGGUUUACAUCGAUGGCAGCCCAUCGGAUGGUGGGAAAGGCCUGUCUGUUGGCACUUUCAUCCCAGGGGGAGGUGUGCUGGUGCUGGGGCAGGACCAGGACCAGCGGGGCGAGGGCUUCAACCCGGUCGAGUCCUUUGUGGGCUCCCUGAGUCAACUGCACAUCUGGAACUAUGUCCUCUCGUCACAGCAAAUCAGAGCGUUGGCCAACGGUUGCCCGGGAGACCUAAGGCGGGGGAACGUCUUCGCCUGGCCGGACUUCCUGCAGGGGGUCACGGGGCGUGUCAAGGUCAACCCCAACUGCGUCUUCUGCUCGGACUGCCCCCUGCUGGACACGGCGGUGCCUCACUUGCGAGUCUCCAGCCCUGCGGUCAGCUCCGGCUCUCAGGUGCAGCUGUCCUGCGAUCCCGGCUUCUACCUGGUGGGGGAGCCCCUGCAGCAGUGUCUGAACAAGGGCGAGUGGAGCCACGCCUUGCCCAAGUGUGAGAAGGUGACGUGCGGCGUGCCCCCUGAGCUGGAGUAUGGCAUGUACCAGGGUAGCGACUUCCACGUGGGCGGUUUGGUCACCUACCAGUGCCGCCUGGGCUUCUACCUACUGGGGGAGCCCAAGAUGCAGUGCGCCAGCAGCGGGAGAUGGACGGGCAACCCACCUGCUUGCCUAGAUGUGGACGAGUGUGCGCUUGGCUCGGACUGUGAUGAGCACGCCAGCUGCCAGAACACGGACGGCUCUCACAUCUGCACCUGCGUCCACCCCUACAGUGGAGACGGACACAACUGCACAGCCCCGGUGAAGUGUAAAGACCCGGGCCACCCCCAGCAUGGCCACCGUGACGGCACCGCCUUCAUCGAGGGCAGCGAGGUGCUCUUCAGCUGCCAGGAGGGAUUCCAGCUGGAGGGCUCCGGCCGAGUCACCUGCACCCAGGAUGGCACCUGGGACAGCCCCUUCCCAUACUGCAGAGCCCUGUCCUGUAGUCCUCCUGCAGUGUCGGAGAAUGGAGACGUGAGUGGGACAAACUACACGUUCGGAAGCAAGGUGACUUUCAGCUGCAACAAGGGCUAUUUGCCCAAGGAGCCGAGUGAGAGCCAGUGCUUGUCCACUCUGAAUUGGAGCAGGGAUCCUCCGGCCUGUUCACCCGUCACCUGUGGUGAACCACCAGCAGUGGACCAGGCAGAGUUCACCCUGACUGGCAGAGACUACCUGUCCAGGGUGGCGUACACCUGCACAGAGGGCUACAGACUGCAGGGUUCCGCAGAGCUGCAGUGCGAGGCCAAUGGAGUGUGGGCGUCCCCCGCCCCUCGGUGUACCCAGGUGGACUGCGGGCCGCCGCCACCCUUACCCAACGCCGUAACCACCGGAGACGACUUCACCCUGGGCGGCCAGGUGCACUUGGAGUGCCAAGAGGGCUACACGUUGCUCGGUGACAAGACGCGGGAGUGUCUUGCGAGCGGCCAUUGGAGUCAGACCUCGGCCCAGUGCGCCCCGCGCCCCUGCGGCCCGCCUCCUGCCAUCGACCACGCCUCCUCUGACGAGGGCCACAAGUUGUAUGGCGACACGGCCAUCUACUCCUGCAACGAUGGCUACAUUGCUGACAACAACACCAGGAUGUUGUGCACCGCACAGGGCGUGUGGGCGCCCCCUACAGGCCUGGAGGUGCCGCGCUGCAUCGCCAACUUCUGCCAGCGGCCUCCAGAACUGGCCAACGCCAUCCUGGACGCCAUAAACAAGCCAAAGUACGCCACCAACACUGAGGUAAGCUACAAGUGCGAUGAGGGCUUCGUCCUUAACACCACGGCCAACCUGAGGUGCAUGCUGGGAGGCACCUGGUCGCCACGCCCCGACGAGGUCAGCUGCGUUCCCAUUCGUUGCUCGCGGCCACAGGACAUCGAGCGUGGCUCGUUCAGCGGCUCGGACUACAGCUUUGGCGCCAUGAUCGCCUACACCUGCGAGACGGGAUACUUCAUCCGCGGGGAGAAGAGGAGAACGUGCAACGCCAACGGGGAAUGGGGAGGGUCACUGCCCACCUGCCAACCUGUCACAUGCUCCAUCCCCCCUCCACUCAUCAAUGGGCUUUACAGGAGAAGGAGCCAGUACGUUUUCAACACGAAGGUCACCUACAUCUGCAAUGCCGGAUACAGCAUGAAAGGCAAGGGAGAGAGAAUGUGCCAAGCCAAUCGCCAGUGGUCCAACAGCGACCCUCCAUCCUGUGUGCUGCUGACCUGCGACCCCCCUCCAGACAUCAAGCACGGCUACUACAAAGGCUCCGCCUUCUACGUGGGCAGCAAAGUGACCUACACCUGCCACGACGGAUACGAACUGACCACCGGCGAGCCCGUUUGGACCUGCACAAAGUACGGCAAGUGGGACAAGGCCCGGACUCCGCGAUGCUCUCCUGUCCAGUGCCCAGAACCUCCUUUGGAGGAGAACCACCUGGUUCUGAAGAACCUGGACUCGGAGACGGGAACCGUGGAGCUGACUUGCGAGGAAGGCUACGUGCUCCGCGGGGCUCACACCUUGCGCUGCACCCAGUCCCAGGAGUGGAGCGAGCCCUUCCCCGCCUGCGAGCAGGUGUUCUGCGGCUCCCCGCCGGACAUACCCUACGGGGACCGCACCUUAGGGCCCACGCACUACGGCAGCACGGUGACCUACUCCUGCAUGGACGGCUUCGUCCUGAGGAAGGGCAGCGAGGGCGCGACGAUGACGUGCCAGGCCGACGGGCGGUGGAGCGCGCCGACGCCCGAGUGCGCCCCGGUGGAGUGCCCGCAGCCCGAGGAGACGGCCAACGGCAUCGUGGACGUGCACGGCCUCAUGUACCUGAGCACGGCCGUCUACAGCUGCAAGGCCGGCUACAACCUGGCAGGCAACGCCACGGUCAUCUGCGGCCAGAGCGGCGCCUGGAUCGGCGGCGUGCCCGCCUGCCACCCCAUCGAGUGCCGGGCGCCCGUCGACAUCCCCAACGGCAAGGUGUCCUACGGCCAGCUGCAGUUCAGCCGCUCCGUCACCUACUCGUGCCACCAGGGCUACCGCCUGCAAGGCCCCGAGACGCUCACCUGCCUGGAGACGGGACACUGGGACCAGGAGGCGCCUACCUGCGAGCAGGUGUACUGUAAGCAGCCCGAGCCCAUCAGCAAUGGGUUCGUGGAAGGGCUGGACCACAAGUUCGGGGUCACCAUCUUCUACAGCUGCGUCCCUGGCUACCAGCUGGUGGGCCAGAACCAUCUCACCUGCGAGGAGCACGGCUGGUCAAGCGCCGUGCCGGUCUGCGUACCCACCGACUGCGGACUGCCACCUCACAUCGACUUUGGGGACUACAGCAAGCUCGCUGACCCCAAUUCUGACCUUUCGGGGGAAGAUGGCGACAACAACAAGCUCUUGGGCGGCAAACAUGACAUGAGCUUCCUGCACGGCACGGCCAUCAUCUACCGCUGUCACCAGGGUUACGAGAUGUCCGGCGGGCCGGCGGUGGUGGCGGCGCUCGUCUGCCAGGAGGACGGCAGUUGGAACGGCACGGCUCCCAGCUGCGUCCCCGUCGAGUGCAUCCCGCCGCCCAGCCCGGAGCAUGGAUCGGUGACGGUGACGGACACGGCUCUGGGAAGUCUGGUGGAGUACAGCUGCGAUGAAGGGUAUGAGUUAGAGGGCCAGACGGUGCGGCAGUGCUCCUCAAGCCGACAGUGGAGCGACGACCCGCCCGUCUGCCGGCUGGUGUCCUGCGGCAACCCGGGAGACGUCAGCGGCGGGACCGUCAAAGGAGACUCGUACUCCUACUUAGCCGUCAUCCACUACGAGUGCUACUCCGGCUACAACCUGCAGGGCGGCGACGCCGCCCGGACGUGCCGCGCCGACGGGAAGUGGGACGGGGGGGAGCCGCAGUGUGCACCCGUGUCCUGUGGCGCGCCCGCCGUCCCCAGCAACAUUCUCGUCAAAGGCAAGGAGUACACAUUCAGCAAGAAGCUGGAGUUCAGCUGCAAGACCGGCUUCAUGCUGAAGGGAACGCCAUCCGCAACCUGCCAGGCAAAUGGCACCUGGACCCAGAUGAGCCCGUCGUGCUACCCCGCGGACUGCGGACAGCCUCCGGCGCUCGUCAACGGCCGAGUCACGGGAAGUGAUUACGGCUACCUCAGCGAGGUGCGGUACGAGUGCAACGAGGGCUACGCCUUGACGGGACCCACCGCCAGAGUGUGCAGGGACGACGGCAUGUGGGACAGGUCUCCGCCUCGAUGCACCAUGGUCACGUGUGACCCACCUGAAGACAUCAGCCACGGAUACCUGAACGGAUCCAGCUUCAACUUCGAGGACGUGGUGGAGUACAUCUGCUUCCAGGGCUACCAGGUCGUAGGCAACCCGUUUCUCCGGUGCGGGUCGGACGGCUUCUGGGUCGGGUCGGUACCGGAGUGCCGGCCCUGCGUCUGCACCCCGCCCGUGCUGAAGUCCGGGGCUGUGUUGGGUCGGGACCACAACUGCGGGGACCGGAUCAGGUACCACUGUGACGACGGCUACAGGACUCUGGGCCCCAUCGAGGCCAUGUGCGAUAAGGGAGGCGUCUGGACUCCUGGGGUGCCUGUUUGCUCCAGAGGGAGAUGCCCUCCGACGCCUCCGGAGGUCCCCAACGCCAUCCUGGCUGGAGGCAGCGCGGUGCCCCCCGAGACCCUGACGUACGCCUGCAAGCCGGGCUUCCAGCUGCAAGGCUACCCCCACAUCACCUGCGAGAGGAACAGGUGGAGCGAGCCAGACAUGUCCUGCGAGCCCGUGUCCUGCGGGGCGCCUCCGUACAUCCCCAACACCCGCACAGAGGGAGACGAGUUCACCUUUGGAAGCUAUGUGCAGUACAGAUGCUUAGAUGGCUAUGAGUUAGCCACACAGUUCGACACUCUAUCCUGCCAGAGCGACGCCACCUGGUCGAAGCACAGCAUCCGCUGCAAACCCAUGCCCUGCCACCUCCCUACCAACCUCACCCACAUCGUGGCCACGGGCCAGCACCCCACGCCCCUGGGUGGCACCGUCACGCUGUCCUGCACAACAGGAUUCUACCUGGAGGGCCCUAGAGUCGUCAAGUGCGAACUUGGUGGGCUCUGGUCUCCCGGGUUCACCUCCAGCACCUGUCUGCCCGUCACGUGUGAAGAGUCCCCUCCUAUUCUUCAUGGCAACGCAGAGGGCAAAGGUCAAGACUAUGGGGACAUGGUCAUCUACAGCUGUCUGCCCGGAUUCGUCAUCAAGGGAGAUCCAGUGCUCACAUGUCAGAGGGAUGGAAGGUGGAGUGGAAACCCUCCCAAGUGUGUGGCCAUCUCUUGUGGCAAGCCUCCCGAGGUAGAAGAUGCAGAUGUGUUGGUGAACAGCGACACGUUUGAGAGCACUGUCAGCUAUGAGUGCCAUCAAGGUUUCCGAUUGGUCGGCCCGGGCAAUCUAACCUGUUUAUCAGAUGGGAAGUGGAGUUCCCCCGUUCCCAAAUGUGAAGCCUCCGUUGGCAGCUGCUUGGCUCCUGGCGAGCUGCCUAAGGGCCGGGUGCUGGAGCACAACUUGGCCAGUGGCCAGGCGCUGGGCUUCAGGUGCGAUAAGGGCUACGUCCUGCAGGGGGAGCCCUUGCUGGUCUGCAUGGCCAACGGCUCCUGGAGCGCCCCUCUUCCCGUCUGCACACCCAAGACGUGUCCCCCACCUCCCAGCUGGACCAACAACAGCAGCAGCAGCAGCAGCUCCCUCCAGGCCCCGGGCUCAGGCCCAGGUCCAGUCUUCCUGGUGGGCCAGAGCGUGCCGGUCGCCUGCCCCCGGGGCCAGCAGCCCAAGGCCAGCUCCGGCUCCUCGGCCGAGCUCACCUGCAGGCCCGACCAGACCUGGAGCCCCAUCAGCACCGCGUGUGAAAGGGUGUCGUGCGGCCCCCCUCUCCACGUGGCCCACGGGGUGGUGCGGGGGGCCGUCUUCCAGUACGGGGACGUGGCGGUGUACUCGUGCUUCGGCGGGUAUGCCAUGGAGGGCCGCAGCCGGAGCGUCUGCCUGGAGAACGGGACCUGGACCCAUCCCCCCGCCUGCAAAGCUGUAUGUUGGCUCCAGUGCCAGAAUGGUGGCUCGUGCCAGCGGCCUAACAUCUGCGCCUGCCAGGAGGGAUGGAUGGGCCGACUCUGUGAAGAGCCCAUCUGUAUACUGCCCUGCCUGAACGGGGGUCGCUGUGUGGCUCCGUACCAGUGCGAGUGUCCCACGGGUUGGACGGGCACACGAUGUCACACAGCGGUGUGUUCCUCUCCGUGCCUUAACGGCGGCAGGUGCAUUCGGCCAAACAGGUGCCACUGCAGUGCAGGCUGGGGUGGACACGACUGCUCCAGGAAAAGGAAAACGGGAUAUUUUCAUUUUUAAACAAAACAAAAGCCACUUGCCCACUUCUGACAUCAUCAACCAGACGCAUCUUGGGACCAUUAUUUCACCACGGAAACACUACGCUCUUUCUUCCUCCUCCCCAGGAAAUCCAAAACGUGUUUUUUUGUAAAAUAAAGCUGUAUUUUUUCAUAUAGAAAAUAAACAGUAUUAAUUAUAUGCUGCUGCUAUUAUACUUUUGACUUGUAUGAUGUGUAAAAACUCUUGAUGUGAUGUGUUCAGUGUAUAAUUAUGUGUAUAAACUAUUCACACAUUUUUUUAAUUAAAGCAUAAACCCAGUAUUACAAUUACACAUAUUCAAUUAUUACUCCCCCCAGUAUGUCUUUUGUAUUUAUUUAUGAAAUCUACCUGAUCCACCGUUCCAUAUUUUUCCUGAAAUAGAUGUUACUGUACACUCAACACAACAGUAUAGAUAUUCUGGUGUAGUCUCUAAAAAUAUGUUUAUAUGAAAAGGGUGUGAAAUGAUCAAAAAUAUCUUUGCAACACUAAGGUUCAGCUGGUUUAAAGAAGAAAUCUUUAAGAAGCCUGAAGCAUUCUUUAGCACCGUUUCUCAAGGUAACAGUCUUGCAUCUAAUAACAGACCCAAAAGAAUCCAUGUGUUUGGUUAACUUCUGAAAGUUAGUCUCAAUAUCAAAUUAUCAGUGCUACAGUAGCUAUCAGUAUCAUGUAAUGCAUUUAACUUUCAUAACAUACUGUAUGCACCCUAUGAUCUCCAUCAGGGCUAUGGGUCUCAUUUCAGUCCCUCUGAAUUCCAUUUAACAGUUUGAAACCUCAAGUUUCUUGAGGAGAAAAUCACCCUAAUUUCAAACAGAUGCCACCACUUCCAUAACAUUUGUCUGCAGUCGUUUUAUUGCAUUUGGCCUGUCACUUUUGUCACAACACAAAUGUUUAACUUGUCUGUAUGCAACAGAAAUGAUCACUUCCUGAAAGUUGUUUUGUGUGUGAAACCAUUAAGGACAUGAUAGCCUACACACUGAUGUCCUUAGUCAUAACCACUUCCCUUUUCACUUUCUGUAAUCCCGAGCUUUUGUGGGGGGCAGCCUUAAAAAUGUUGAUAAAAUGAUGACAGAUUGUU